GCGGAAGCGGCUCGCGUCUGUCAGAGAGAUUUCGCCUUUAAAGGCGCAUUAAAACAGCGGCUGAAGUGCAGAACCCGAGCAGAGCAGCAGCAGCAACAGCACAACAACAACAACAACAGCUCUGACAGAGAGAAAUAAACACAUAAACACAAUCACCAGCACGCGCUGACGUCAGGGUUCUCAGCCAGCUGUGCGUCCGGACAGAAGACUCGACGCUGCUCUUGUAUGCAGUCGGACUGGAUAUUUAUGAAGCUUUCAAGGCUUUUUGAUUGAUCGGUCACUCCAUGGGGAUUCUCCGGUGCUUUCCGUCUGGUUUCUCCUGCCCUUCACCCCUCGGCCUGCCCUCCACCCUCUACAGCACCGCCUCCAUACAAAUCAUGAAACUGGUAUUAACUGAAUGGCAAUUGAUAUGGAUUUUUACUGUUUCCAGUAGACAGUAAACACACUUACACCACACACACACACACACAAGUACAUGCACACACACCCACACACACACACACACUCACUCACACACACACUCACACACGCUGACACACAUCACAUCAGCGGGAGUGACCUCAUGAUAGAGUCAUAUCCUCCCCUGUCCGACCCAAAUCGCCUGACUCGGCCCGUCCCAGGGCUCCUGCAAGAGGCCUUUAUCAGACGCCACAUUUCAGGAUAUAUCCCGCUCCCUGAGUCCAAUCCACGGCUGAGCUCCUCGAUAGAAAGGCGUCCACGGGAAGCGGUGUGCUGCUGUUGGCUUUAUACUUCCUAGAUUUAUUUAUUUUUUUGCAUUUUGCUUUUGAUUGUGCGUGGAGCCACACGUGACCUCUGCUCCGAGUGCAUGCCGGCGACGGCGAGGAUGGCCCCGCAGAACACAGAGGCAGACGCCGUGCAGAUGCAGGCUGCCAUGGUGCCGCCCGUGGAGAAACACGGUGGAGGGGGCGGGGCUAAUGGAGCAGGCGGGGCUGGAGGGCGGGACUUGGAGACUCAGGAGGAGUCGGUCAGCGAGGGUUCUAUAGACCGCAUCCCACUGCGCCAGUGGAUCAUGCACGGCGCGGUCAUGUUCGGACGGGAGUUCUGCUACGCCAUGGAGACGGCGCUGGUCACGCCUGUGCUGCUGCAGAUAGGUCUUCCAGAGCAAUACUACAGCCUGACGUGGUUCCUGAGCCCCAUCCUGGGCCUCAUGUUCACCCCUCUGAUCGGCUCGGCCAGUGACCGCUGUACGCUGCGCUGGGGCCGACGACGGCCCUUCAUCCUGGCGCUGUGUGUGGGCGUCCUGCUGGGCGUGGCUCUCUUUCUCAACGGCUCACUGAUAGGUCUUGCUCUAGGAGACGUCCCCAAUAACCAGCCGAUAGGAAUAGUGAUGACGGUUUUGGGGGUGGUGGUGCUGGAUUUCUGCGCGGAUGCGACGGAGGGCCCCAUACGAGCGUAUCUGCUGGACGUGGCCGACACCGAGGAGCAGGACAUGGCCCUCAACAUCCACGCCUUCUCUGCAGGGCUCGGUGGAGCAGUGGGUUACGCUCUGGGCGGUCUUGACUGGACGCACACCUUCUUGGGUCGAACCUUCAAGUCUCAAGAGCAAAUCCUGUUCCUGUUCGCUGCGGUUCUGUUCACGAUCUCCGUGGCUCUGCACCUGUUCAGUAUCGAGGAGCAGCAGUUCAGUCCGCAGCAAGACCGUCUGGACGAGGAGGCGGAAACUGAAUCCAGCGUUAAAAUCGCGCCGCACCAUCCCCAGCUGGACAUGAUCCACGAAGACGAACCCUACGACUAUUACGACACGGACAGGCGAUCAGAGCGCGAGCUGGAUAUGGACUUCCUGGACGUGGACAUCGUUCGCAGUAAAAGCGACUCCGUUCUGGCUAUGGCCGACGCCACGCUGGACCACCUAGACCACGAUAUGCUGUUCCUGCGCGAAAUCGAGCCGUCCAUCUUUCAAGAUCGCAUCUCUUCCUACCACGGGUCGCCGCCGCGCCGCAGCAGCAGCGCAGGGAGUCAGGAGUUGCUGCGCGGACGGUUCAGUCGCUUAUCAGCGUUUUUGCAGCAGAUGGAAAGCGAGGGAGAAGAAGCUCUGCUUAACAAUCAGCUCAACGAAUCCAAAGCGCCCAACGGACAUCCGACGGACCUCAACGGCCACGGGCCGCCCGGUUUGAAGCCCUCCAGCGCCAGUGCGUCCAUGCGCCGCAGACGCCACACUUUCUACCGACAGUCGUCCUGCACUUUCUCCUACUACGGCCGGGUCGGAUCCCACCGCUACCGCUACCGGCGCGCCAACGCGGCGUUCCUCAUCAAGUCGUCCCGCAGCAUGAACGACAUCUACGAGAUCGAAAAGCGGCAGAAGCAGAGGAACGGGCAGAGAGCGAGGCAUCAGAGCGGGAACACCAACUCCAGCGGAGACACGGAGAGCGAGGAGGGCGAGGCCGAGACCACCGUACGACUGCUCUGGAUGUCCAUGCUGAAGAUGCCCAAAGAGCUGCUCAGACUGUGCGUGUGUCACCUGGUCACAUGGUUCUCCAUCAUCGCAGAGGCCGUGUUUUACACCGACUUCAUGGGACAGGUCAUCUACGAGGGCGACCCUACGGCUCCGCUGAACUCCACGGCCCUUCAUAACUACCACAGAGGGGUUCAGAUGGGCUGCUGGGGGCUGGUGAUUUACGCCGCCACCGCUGCCAUCUGCUCAGCUUUACUGCAGAAGUACCUGGAUAACUUUGACCUCAGCAUAAAGGUCAUCUACAUCCUGGGCACUCUGUGCUUCGCGGUCGGUACGGCCGUCAUGGCCAUCUUCCCAAACGUCUACGUCUCCAUGGUGAUGAUCAGCAGCAUGGGAAUCAUCUCCAUGAGCAUCUCGUACUGUCCGUACGCUUUGCUGGGCCAGUAUCACGACAUUAAAGAGUACGUCCAGCACAGUCCCGGGAACUCCAAGCGAGGCUUUGGCAUCGACUGCGCCAUCUUGUCGUGCCAAGUGUACAUCUCUCAGAUCCUGGUGGCGUCGGCGCUGGGCGCGGUGGUGGACGCGGUGGGCAGCGUGCGGGUCAUUCCCAUGGUGGCCUCCGGCGGCUCCUUCCUGGGCUUCCUGGCGUCCUGCUUCCUCGUCAUCUACCCGGGGUCCAGCGGACAGGGCGACGGGUCGAAGGGCGAGCAGACGAAGGCGCUGACGUCAUCUAGUAACAAUGGCGUCACAGAGAAGCCCAGCUUCCUCAAGCUCACUCGCAAAGGUGCCGCAACUACAACCUGCAAAGUGGAGUGCGAAUCCACACUGUGAAUGUGAUCAACGGCUAACAUUCCCGACGGAUGGGCAUCAGCUGGAGCAGCUCGCCCGGGUGGGCGGUGUUUUUGUUCGUUUGACUGUAUUUGGCCUGGUGUUGCGGGUCUCAGGGCUGCAUCUCAGGGCCACCAGGGGGCGACUCUGGGCUGAACUCUUCACCACAUGCACUUCCCUUGCACAUUUUCAUUCUGAGCUCAUCCUAAACAAAUCUAAUGUAAAGAAUCUCUAAUAGAAGUUCAUCGCCCAAAAACUUCUUUUCCUAUUUUUGUAACUGAUGUCAUAGAGGAGGACAUUAUGAUUACCAAAAGUUGCCCAGUGCAAUAAUAACAGUUGUUUCGUUAUAAUGGCUUUAUUUUAGUCGUGUUAUGCAGGUGAAAGGGUGAAUCUCACGAAUAAAUGCCAUAUAUUCAUAUCUCGAGAAAAAUACCAGAAAUUCUAGUUGCGUUUGCAGAAAAUGAAGGCAAUUUUGAGAAACGUUAACAUUUUUCAUUGUAACUUUGACUAUUUAUAAUAACAUAAUAAUCCAUUGCUGAAAAGUGAAAUUAUGGAAAACUUACAGAUACAGUUACAGAUAUUUUUUUUUUUUUUUUGCUUGUUGCUUUUAAAAGCAAAAAGCUAAAUAUCAGCUAGAAGCUGAAGUUGCAGUUGCAGUUGUUUAUGGCCACAAAUUAACAAUUUGUUCCCUCGUUUUACUAAAUUGUGCGCACAAUAUAAAAAUUAGUCAUCUGGUUUUACUAAAUUGUGCGCAUGAUAAAAAUGAUCUAAUUUUA